AUGAAGCUCCUGCCGCUGACGCUCGCUCUCGCCACCUCUUUGCAGACGCUUGUCUCGGCUACUCCCGUGAUCCCCGACGCAAACCUCUGGGUUAUUGAGGAGGCCAGCGGCAUAUUCUCCUCGCUCAGCUUCCUGGUGCGCGGCGGCGAUGAGGACCUAGGCAAGAACCGUACCCUCAACGACGUAAUCAAGGAUGUCAGCCAUGAGGACGACCUCGUGGAUAUCAAGUACGUCGAUAUGGACCCAGAGUACCCGGUGCGCAAGACGCCCGUGCAUAUCAACGCCCAGGCGUACGUCAAGGACCGGAUUGAGGCCGCCACUGCCAACGUCAGAGUCAAGUACGGGUUCAUAACGCUGCUUAACCGCAACUACGACUUGUGCGAGGAGCUGAAGACCAACCUGAACAAGACGUGCCCUGUCGACGAAGGUGUGAUUGAGGUCAAUGUCGACGUUGAUGUGCCGGGCUUUGUGCCGCCAGGCAACUUCUACCUCGAGGCAAAGGCCUGGCGCAACGAAGACGAGAAGCAGAUCGGCCGCAUUACGGCCAAGGUCCACUUCUGAAGAAAGGGUGCUGACAUUUUAAACUCGUAGACCAUUUUAUUGCCGUGCUGUUUUCUAUAUCUGCCAAAUCAUAUACUAUCCUGCUUGUCAUCCUUUUGGUGGCGGUGGUGGUGGAGGUGCUCGGUGCAUACCCUUGUCGGGAUGCUCGUCAUGGAAGCCGAGGUUCUCCCAUCUGUCGCGGUCCAUCAGUUUUCUACAAGAGAG